UAAAGAGUAAUAAAACAUUCAUAUUUUUAUUAAGAACAAUGUUCAAGUUAACUGCAAUUCUGGCCUUGAUUUUCAUUGUGAGCGGUGUGUGGUCGUCGUGCGACUCGUGCGGGCGCGAGUGCAGCGCGUCAUGCGGCACGCGCCGCUUCCGCGCGUGCUGCUUUAACUAUCUGCGCCGGAAGAGGGCGCCAUAUACUGCACAGAUUCAUUUCCAACAUCAAGACAUGAAGGACAACAGGCCAAAGGCAGAUCUACCUAUAUUCCUCCUGCAGGAAGACUCAAAUGCAGACCUAUUGAUGAACAACAUGUUAGCAAGCGAAUACCAACCCUAUACCUUAGAAGACAUGUUUGAAAAUCGUUUGGAUUGAAUUCUUUCUUGUAUUUAUUUGGUUGAGGAAUUUGAUUGAUUAUACUAUGAUUGCAACGGUAAUAUUAUGUCAUGUUAUGUUAUUAUGACGUCGUAAAGUCAGAAUGGUUUCAUUGAGGGAAAGAAACAGAGCUAUAUAAGUCGUCUAGCGAGAUUUCGUUCCCUAAACGGAACCACUCUAUACUCGGAAUUUUAAUCCGAUUCCAAAUUUGACAAUUUCAG